UACACAGGUGCAAAGAACACAAACACACAAGCUAAGCAAUCUGAAUUAGCAAAGCAUCCAGUUCUGACACUAAUUUUCAAGAAGCUUCUUGUGGUUGCAAAGGUUCAGAAAUGGCGGCAGCAGGAGUGAGCGGGUUGGCGGUGGGGUGCCUCGUGGCCGCCACGGCGGCGCUGCUCGUCGCCGGCGCGUCCGCGCAGACGGGGUGCACGGCGGCGCUGAUCAACCUGUACCCGUGCCUCAACUACAUCAGCGGCAACGAGACGUCGCCGACGAGGACCUGCUGCUCGCAGCUCGCCACCGUGGUGCAGUCCCAGCCGCAGUGCCUGUGCGCGGCGAUCAGCGGCGACUCGUCGUCGUCGAUCGGCGGCGUCACCAUCGACAAGACCCGCGCCCUCGAGCUCCCCAAGGCCUGCAACGUGGUCACCCCGCCGGCGAGCCGGUGCAACUCUGCCGGCGGAAACACUCCGGGCGCUGCCACGACGACCUCGCCGGCAACGCAGACGCCGGGCGCCACCGGUGCAGGAACCGGCGUUGGAUCGAAGACGACGCCGACGGCGCCGUACCUGAUCAACGGCGGCGCGUCGCUCCGCGGCGCCACGGGCUUGGUGCUCGCGCUCGCGGCUGUCGCGGUGUACGCCGUGUGAUGUGAGCGUCUGUCUGCUACUCUGAACUUCUGAAGCGCUGGCGAUGCAGAACGUGCUUGAUGUGUAUUAAUCACACUGUUUAUUACUACUCACAUUGGUUUAGCAUCAUUGAGCAUUGGCAAGAGAGAUUUGAGUUUUGUCAUUCACAUUUGUACUAUUGAUUGCUUUGUUGCAGUCACAAUAAAUAACAUUACUAUCCAUGGUUUUGAUUCUAUCAAA